AUGGCUUUUACGAAGAAGGAGAGAAGCUAUAACUCGCUUCAAAAAGGAAUUAGAAACGGAUCAAUAAUUCUUAAAAUAGAGGUAGAAGGUGUUACGGACAUAGAUGAAAAUGCGCUUCCAGAUACUACAUCUGACAACGAGUCUUGCUUAUACAUAAAACUAAAAUAUAAAAAAUACCGAGCCGUAAUCGAAAAUGUUCAUACGAAUAAAAUUGUCAAUGAUAAUUCUCUAAUGACUCUAAGUAUGCCCCUUCCCGUGGACUAUCAGGACCUAGAAUUCCAUUUGUGUUUCAGUUGCAAACAAAAACGAAGAAAGUACACCCUCGGAGAAUCACUUAUAAGAUUGGAUCAUCUACUAAAGAUGGUUUCACAAGAGAGUCAGCAAUGCCCUAUAUAUCCCCCUCUGAAGAGCAGUUCUUCGAAAUCUAAUGAGAGCUUGCAGGUGAAACCAUUAGGAACAUUUCGAUUAAAAUAUAGCGUUCAUGACCCUAGGAAUCCUAAAGCAGAUUCUGCUAGUCUAGCUAAAACUUGGGUUGAAGAUGUAGAAAAGCAAUUCUCUUCCGAAAAUGUGGAUAAUCAGGCCAAUGGCAUUUCGAAUUCAUUAAAAGGAAUUGAGUUGGAUAACAUUGAAUCUGAUUUGGAAGAUUCUAGUUUUUUGGCCGAGGCUGAAUCCAAUUUACCAGAAAGCGAUUCCUUUUACCCCGUGGAUGAUCCGGGUAUCGAGGAGACGUAUGAAAUCAAACCCAAAGUAAAGAAGCAGUUGAAACAGCCUUUUAGCAUUACCAAAAAUCAAGUUACCGACCUAUUGGGGUUUGCCUUUGUGGAAAUUGAUUCUAUUUCUAAUUUACCACCGUUGAAAAAUGUCUUUCACACCGGAUUUGACAUGGAUCCAUUUGUGAUUAUGUCGUUUUCGAAAAACACUUUCCGUACAAAAAGGGUUAGGCAUAACUUGAAUCCCGUUUAUAAACAAAAGUUCUUAUUCGAAGUGGGUACCUUGGAGAAAAAUUAUGAUAUUAUUUUUAAAGUCAUUGAUCAUGACAAAAUAUCCUUGAAUGAUUCAGUGGGAGUCUGCUCUGCUGAUAUACAGAGCAUUAUUAACGCGGCUGCACAGCCUGAUCCUAUCACUGGGCUUUAUAAACUUGAUGAUGGACAAAAAGCUUACGAAGAAAGCGAGAUUCCCAAAAAAGCGGAUACACAGCCUAUUGAAAUACUUAUAGACGAUUUCUCGUCUGCUGUCGAAAAUAAUUUGGAGACAGAUGUGGUCACGAAAAGUAUACCUCUUAAACUAUUCUGUAAGGAUCUUCGACCGGAAUCUGAACAAGCGGCACUUACGUUCCGUGCUAUCUUUUUCCCUUUUGCUGCAGUUCGCCAGAAAUUUUGGAGAGUCAUGCUAUCUCAAUACGGCGAGGUUGAGAAUGGUCAAGUAUCAAAGUUAGGCAUGUAUGCUGUAUUGGAUUCUUUGGGAUCAAACAUACCCGCAGCCAUCAUUGAUUCUUUGUUCGAGGAUAUUUUAAGCAAAAAUGUAAAUAAGGAUGAGGAAGCAAUUAGUCUCGAUGAAGCAGUUAUCUGUCUUGAGAAACUUACUUACCUCAUCUGCAAUCGAGAAUCGAAUCCUCCGUUGCAUCAGUCAGGUUCCUCGCGGUUUGACAGCAGCGGUCAAUCAACACCAAUUCAAAGUUCUGAGAUAUCCGAAGACUCAGACGCAGUAGAUACGAAUGGCAACCGGUUAGUUUUGGUUUGCUUGCAUAAGUGCCCUUUGUGUAUGAAAUGCGAGUUAGACAAGAUGGACCAAUAUCGAGCUACUGUUCACCUUGCGACUUGUGCCAGUCAUGACUGGAAACGUGUGAAUAGGUUAAUGAUGUCCAAUUAUCUCACCUUAAACCAAGCUCAAAGAAAGUGGUUUACCAAGGUUUUUACCAAAGUAGCGUAUGGAUCGCAUAAGCUAGGAUCAACUUCAGCAAAAACUUUGGUGCGAAACCGUAAGACAGGGCAGAUUGUAGAAGAGAAGAUGAACGCAUAUGUUCGGGUUGGUAUACGUUUGUUAUAUCGGGGUAUACGAAACCGGCGAAUGGAAGGAACAAGAGUUCGAAAGCUACUGCGAUCACUGACGCUCAGACAGGGGAUAAAGUAUGAUUCUCCAUUAUCAACAAAAGAUAUUGUACCCUUUAUUAAAUUUUUUGACUUGAAUACUGAUGAAGUGGAAAAACCGAUCAAUGAAUAUAAUACUUUUAAUGAGUUCUUUUAUCGCCGAUUAAAGCCUGGUGUAAGACCUCUAGCUUCACCAGAUAAUUCAGGCAUUCUUGUCUCAGCAGCUGACAGUCGAUUGGUUGUCUAUGAUAAAAUUAAUAUUGCUACAACUUAUUGGAUCAAAGGGUCGGAAUUUUCUAUAGCUCGACUCCUUGGGCCAGAGUAUGAAAAAGAGGCAUCGCAAUACGCGGACGGAUCGAUUUGUAUAUUUCGCUUGGCUCCUCAAGAUUACCAUAGAUUUCAUUCUCCGUUAGAUGGGAAGGUUGGAAAACUUAGUGUCAUUGACGGCCAGUACUAUACUGUUAACCCCAUGGCUGUCAGAUCGUCCUUGGAUGUUUUUGGUGAAAAUGCCAGAACUGUAAUGCCUAUAGAAUCUCCUCAAUUUGGUCGUGUUAUGUAUGUUUGUAUAGGCGCUAUGAUGGUUGGUAGCAUACAACAUACAACUGACGAGGGCCAAGAGGUGAAACGUGGGGACGAACUGGGUUAUUUUAAAUAUGGUGGCAGUACGAUCGUUGUGUUUUUUAAGGGAAAUCAGGUUUUAUAUGAUGACGAUAUUUUGCAAAGUUCGAAAGAAACGACCGAAACGUUGAUCAGGAUGGGAGAAAACAUCGGAAGAGCCUCUGGAGAGCCAUUAGAUAAAAAAGAAGAUUGA